AUGUCAGUCGGCGUUCCGGUGAACCCGUCUAGCAGCAGCCAAUUACCGGCGGCGCCAACAACAACAACGACAAGACGGCGCGUCGCUGAUUCUCAGGAAGAUCAUUCCCACGCCUGCAGCGGAGGAGGAGUAGGAGGAGGAAACGCAGUCGUUUACGUCCCCGACGAGGAAGAAGCCGCGAGCUGCAGCCUCGGCGGAGGAGGAGGCGGAGGAUCUUCGUGCUGUUCUUCGAGUGGGUCCCACCACAAUUACCUCGUCGGGUUUCUCUCUCUCCGCAAAAUAAGGCUCGUGUGGAUGCUCAUGGCGGAGAACAAAUCUCAAUGGACGGCUGGGAUCGCUCGGAAAAUGAGAUCAACGACGAAUCUCGGCCGUUUCAUUCUAACUUUAUUGGGAAUCCUCGUCGUCGCCUUCUUCCUCAUCGUCGCUCUCUCCGGCGGCGUCGGAAAACGACGACCACACGUCGAGAAACACGAAUUCGUCGUUUCGAUUCAUCCGAGAAGUAACAUUGAGAAGAUCAUCGAAGAAGAAGAAACUUCCAAUUCGGUUCAAAUCCUCGUUCCAGAAAGAAAACCGAUCCCGGAGAUUUGGAAUCAACCAGACACUGGAAACUAUCAGAAAUGCGUAGCUCGUUCUAAGAACCAUAGACCAGCCAAGAAAACCAAUGGUUAUCUCCUUGUUCACGCCAAUGGUGGUUUGAAUCAGAUGAGAACUGGUAUAUGUGAUAUGGUCGCAGUCGCCAAAAUCAUGAACGCUACUCUUGUUCUUCCGUUUCUUGACCAUUCAUCUUUCUGGAGUGAUCCAAGUACUUUUAAGGACAUAUUCGACUGGAAACAUUUCAUCAACGCCCUAGCACAAGAUGUCGAUAUAGUGGAGUAUCUACCACAAGAACUUGCUUCGAUUAAGCCUAUUGAAAAGAAUCCUGUUUCCUGGUCUAAGGCGAGUUAUUACAGAAACACAAUCUCAAAGUUACUGAAGAAGUAUAAAGUGAUGGUAUUCAAUCACACAGAUUCUCGGCUAGCGAAUAACAGCCCUCCUCCUUCCAUCCAGCGUCUUAGAUGUCGCGCAAACUAUGAAGCUCUUCGUUACUCUGAAGACAUAGAGAAUCUAAGCAAAGUUCUCUCUUCAAGACUUAGGGCAAACAACGAACCCUACCUCGCUCUUCACUUGCGGUACGAGAAAGAUAUGUUGGCGUUUACCGGAUGCAAUCACAGUCUAACCGCUGAGGAAUCAAUUGAUCUUGAGAAGAUGAGAUAUAGCAUUCCGCAUUGGAAAGAAAAAGUGAUCAAUGGAACAGAGAGGCGUCUCGAAGGUAAUUGCCCUAUGACGCCACGUGAAGCUGCCGUGUUUCUCAAGGCGAUGGGGUUUCCAUCGACCACGAAGAUCUACAUUGUUGCUGGAAAGAUCUACGGUCAGAACAGUAUGACUGCGUUCCACCAAGAGUUCCCAAACGUGUUCUUUCACUCUACGUUGGCUACAGAGGAAGAGCUUUCGACGGUUAAGCCAUACCAGAACAGAUUAGCUGCUCUUGAUUACAAUCUAGCUCUAGAAAGCGACGUUUUCGCUUAUACUUACGAUGGGAACAUGGCGAAAGCUGUUCAGGGUCACCGGAGAUUCGAAGGGUUUAGGAAAACGAUUAAUCCCGAUAGGCUAAGAUUCGUAAAACUGAUUGAUCGGCUCGAUGCGGGACACAUUUCCUGGGAGGAUUUCUCGUCGGAGGUUACGAGAAUACAUUGGAAAAGAUUAGGAGCUCCGUAUCUCAGACGGCCAGGGAAAGCAGGUCCAAAGUUGGAGGAGAAUUUUUAUGCAAACCCUCUUCCAGGUUGCUUGUGUGACACGUCCAAUGAACAAAACGGGAUUCACCGGUUUGAAAGACCAAGUCUACGAGCACAAUCUCUGAGAUAA